CAUGAACUGAUUACUGUUCAUAUGAACAAAGCAACAGUUGUUUGUUUGCUUCAGGGGGGGGACGCAGUUAACUCUCUUUUAAAAGCUAUCUUGAGUACACUAGAGAGUUCCUUGAGUGUAAUCUAAACGCAAUUAAUCUUCCAACACUUUGUGAUUUCACCCUUGUGUCCCUCCUCCUCCUCCUGUUGAGGAAACUGCGCGCUGAGCGGAUGCCGGGAGCGCACAGGAGGUUUGCGGUGAGCUGUCUGUCUCUCUGUCAGUGAGCCUGCGCGGCUCGAUGUGUGACAGCAGCAGUAGCAGCAGGAGGAAGACAGACAGACUGUUACCGUGGCUGAAGGUCUGCCGGGAUGACACCGAGCACCCGCUGAGCGCGAGCAGCAGAGCGCACAAGUGGCGAGUCGGGGGGUGGGUGGGGGGUUUGUACGUGAAACUAAAAGAAGUCGGGAUGGACGGCAAAGGCACGCUGAAGAUGUUCGCCAGGAAGAAACGGGAACUGAUAAAGACGCCAUCUAUCUCGAAGAAGAGCCGAGCAGGAAGCCCCGGGGCGCACAGCAGCGCACCCUCGUCUCUGUCAAUCCUCCAGGAGCAGACUCGCAGAGAUGCAGGCGAUGUCACCCUCUCCUCACCCUCAUCCUCCUCUUCAACUCUCACACCAACCUCUGCCGGGUUCCCGGACUCCUCCCUGUCCUGCCCGGGAACCCCCAGCACCCAGCACGGCAAGCUGGCGGCGAUGCAAGGGGUGGGCUGCCCGUCUCCUGUGUCCACCCUGAAGAGGCCGACUGCACUGAGCAGACACGCCAGCGCUGCAGGUUUCCCGCUCCAGUCGUGGGUGUUCACUAAAGGCCAGGGGAAAGGGGCCUUGACCCCCCCUCCUCCGUCUGACGGUCCAGAGAGCACAGCCAUUGAGGUGGGAGGACAUCCCGGCCCUGCUGAGGGACGUGGCACGCUUUGCAGAGGCUGUGGAGAAACUGAAGGAUGUUGUGCUGGCUGAAGGUAAGGAGAGUCAGCGGCCCGUUGCUCACGAGUGUUUGGGGGAGGUCCUACGGGUCCUGCGUCAGGUCAUCAACACCUACCCUCUGCUCAACACCGUGGAGAUCCUCACUGCUGCCGGCAAGCUCAUUUCCAAGGUC